AUGCCGAACCUGAAAAGUGUGGCCGUCAGUACGGGAACAGGCGAGAACAAUUUUGAGAGACUCAUUGCUAUCCUGGCAGCUGUGCCUCAGAUCCAGUACGUUUGUGUCGACGUAGCGAACGGUUAUUCAGAACACUUUGUGCAUUUUGUCAAGGACGUGAGGCAGAAGUUCCCUUCACACACCAUCAUGGCUCAUAAUGUGGUCACAGGAGAGAUGGUGGAGGAGCUGAUUCUCGCUGGUGCCGACAUCAUUAAAGUGGGCAUUGGUCCAGGCUCAGUGUGUACAACCCGGAAAAAGACAGGAGUGGGCUACCCUCAGCUGAGUGCUGUAAUCGAGUGUGCUGAUGCUGCACAUGGCCUGGGUGGACACAUCAUCUCUAAUGGAGGAUGUACCUGUCCUGGUGAUGUCUCUAAGGCUUUUGGCGCAGGGGCGGACUUCGUGAUGUUGGGUGGAAUGCUGGCAGGUCACUCUGAGAGUGGUGGUGAGACCAUCGAGAAAAACAGCAAGAAAUACAAACUGUUCUACGGCAUGAGCUCUGACACGGCCAUGAAGAAGCACUCAAGAGGAGUAGCAGAGUACAGGGCAUCUGAGGGGAAGACAGUGGGGGUGGCCUAUAAAGGGCCAGUGGAGGUCACUGUGAAGGACGUACUGGGUGGAGUUCGCUCCACCUGCACCUACGUAGGAGCCGCUAAGCUGAAGGAGCUGAGUCGCCGUACAACUUUCAUUAGAGUGACUCAACAACUAAACACUGUGUUUGGGAGCAACGACUAAGACUGAAUGCUGGUGUGGUCUGACAGAUUUACUGCAUUAGUUAAACUAAAGAGCUAAACGAUGUCAGAUACAUGUCAGGGUUUAGAAUCUAUACGUCUUUUGUCUGACAAUCCCUCACAUCAUGCACACAGAAUCACACAGUGACAAACCUUUACCCAUAGUAGUGUUUUGGUUGUGACUAUCAGGGCUAAGAGAAAUUCACCUGCAUAGCCUUCAUAUGAAUAAACUCUUCAGAUUAACUUUAAAAUCUCUUGAGAAUGUCAACAUUUUAUCUUUACUAGUAGUGUUCCUUUAAUUUCAUUUACUGGGAAACAUUUAAAAUAGAAACGUAUAUAUAGUGAAGCACUCAGUGACUUCUACAGUAUAACUGCUGUUACUUCAUUGACACUGUGUCUUAAAGCCAAAUCCUGUUAAAAAGCCUUGUGAUUUCUUCCAUUUAUUGUAGUAACAAUUUUAUUAAUGUACUUUUACAUAAGUCAGGUUUUAAUUAAUUAUCAGUAGUGUUUUCUGGUUUUCUACUAAAUGGACCAAAUCUCCGACAGCACUUGUUACCAUUCCACAUUUAUUUUAAUUACUUUUGUCCUCUAUGCACUGAUGAAUAAAGGAGAUGACAGUCCUCUUGGC